GCUCUUUAACCACCAUAAAGCUAGAUUUCACAUGUGUGUCGUUUCUUAAAUUGGAGAUAACACCGCUUGUCGUUUAUAUCUGGUGGAAGGAUUCGCCGUGCCGUUGGACUAAGGCUAAACUGAGUAAGGAGUAAGGACGCACUUGAUUAAUCUCAUCAUAGCAUUACUAAGAAAAAUUGUUUUAAAAUUGCACCUGCUUGACUUUAAUGCAAAUGAAUUUGAUUAGAUUUAAAAAUAUUGAUUAUCAAAAAUUAAAUUUUCGCAUACACAAGUGUAUGUUUAGUAUAUUUUGAGUCUCUGCGAACUGUUGACUUAGUUUGAAGAAAGCUUGAAUCACAAGUUUUCAAAUCUUAUCGAGUCAUGGUUUCUAUGUAGGAGUCAUGGAUUAGGAUUAGAUAGAAUAUUUAUGAGUCAUCUAAAUAUAUGUUACCUAAUGAGAUUAGUAAUUAUCUUAACUUGUAUAUAAGAAAAUGUCAAAUUGUAAUAAAACUUAUGAGUUUUAGAGAUUGUUUAGAGAGAAUCUUAGUUUUGAGUUAUUCUCUAACGUUGCAAACUUUAUACCUUCUCGUCACACCAAAUCCAAACCAAUGGGCAAAAUACUUAUUGAAAUCUGUUUGAUAUCAGCACGACAACUUCUUGUUGGAUCCGGAUUUGGAUCCUCACUACUAAAACAUCAAUGGUUCGCUGUUGGAUGGAUCGAUCCAAAAGAUAAAUACUGCACCACAAUCGAUGAUUCAAGAUCAGACAACCCUCUUUGGAGAACAAAGUUCAUUACUUCACUCCACGAUGAUGAUGAUUCCAAGAUUCAUGCCUUGAACGUUGAGGUUUAUAGCAGAGAGCCAAUCUUCUUAACGAAGAAGCUUCAUGGCUCUGCUACUGUUCCCUUGAAGGAGUUUCUAGCUAAGUAUAAGAACCAGAGUUCUUCGAGUUCUGUUGUUGAAGAAACUCGAAGCUAUCAGCUUAGGAAGACGAACUCAAGUAAGCCUCAAGGGUUUGUUAAUGUUUCGAUCCGUAUAUCUGCUGAAAGACAAGACUUUGCAGGUUUUACUGGAGAUUUUGGAGGAGUCAUGCUCUCUAACAACUCUGGUUACAUGGUCGGUUCAUCACAGCAUUCAUUUGCUUCACUGAACCAGCCAAACAAUUUAAACUCAUUCUCCGUCCUGCCAGAUAACCACAACCCACCAAUGCCUAAUCCUCUAACGAACAGUGCUUCCUCGCAAAUGCAGCAAUCUUACUAUCCCCCUCCACCAAUGCAACAAUCUUACUAUCCUCCUCCACAAAUGCAACAACCUCCACCAAUGCAGCAACCUUACUAUCCUUCUGCACCAAUGCAGCCACCUUCAUAUCCUCCUCCACCAAUGCAGCCACCUUACUAUCCUCCUCCACCAAUGCAGCCACCACCACCACAAGCAACUUGGAACGCAGGCUACAUGCCGAGGUCAGAGAACGCUGUGAACAUUCCAUCAUCAUCAUCAUCGGAAGGAGCAGGAAGAGGAGAUGCAAGGACUGGACCAGGACUAGGAGCUGGUGCAGCUUCUUAUGGUAGGGACUAUAUGUCAGGAGCAGAGUCGGACCAGAAGUUUUCGGAGCCCUACACAAAAUGAAAAAAAUACUUAUGAAUUAUUUAUUAUUAAUUUAUAAAUUUUGCAAGUUUCUCUAAACGAAUGAUUCAAAUAUCAAUAUAAAAUUUAUCUAAAAUUUAUGUAAUAUUUUAUAACCAUUUCCAAAACUAAAAUUUUAUAAAUUACAUUUUUAUCUACUUUUCUGAUUAAUAUUUUAUACUAUUAUAUCAAAAUUUAUAUAUAUAUAUACAUUUACAUAAUUUUUUUAAAAUGGGGCUGUCAUUCAAAUGUUUCAAAUAAAUAUGUCCAAGCCAGGCUCUGAUAUAUCUAUCCCAAAUAUCUCCAUCCCAAAUGGCUCCAUUUCCAUUGAUCCUCCAUUUGGAUCACACUUCUUAGUCCUGAAUAAUAAUAAAUGUGGCAACAAGGCUUGUGGAUUAUCUGAAACUUUGUAGACUAUAUAUAUAUAUAUAUGUAUUUGAUAUGAUAAGAGGUCCCAUUUGGUUUCUUAGGUAAUUUGAUCAAACUGUUAAUUACUUUCUAUAUGGUGUUGCUAGAAAAUUUUCAUAACAUGAUGUUUAUAAGCAAGCUGAUGGGGAUGAAUCUU